CUGUCGUUAUAUCGCGGUUUAUUCCGACAGAUCGAUGGGAAACAUCACGGGCUUUAUAACAGGCUAAAGUAUUUUCGGCAGGUUUGUUUGUAAACUGAAGAUAGCGGCUCCGAUUACCUAGGAUAGAUAAGAACGGAACAACUUUAAACCGCACACGUCAUUCUAAUAUAUGAAAUACAUUUGUUAAUUCGUUAAAAAGUCUGAUGGUUGUUAAUGUUUAGUUUCACUUUCGUUUUAUUGAAUUUGUUUGGUAAAUAUUCGUAUAGUAUGAUAUCUUGCCUGUCAUAAAGGAUGAACGGAGCAGCUCCACAUGACAUGAGCUCUAAUAACGACACAGCACUGCUGCCUCAUUUGUUUUACGUUAUUUUUAAUACGUUUAUGAGUUUAUGAAAGCGUGGAUUAUUUAAAUAGAUUAAUUUUAUCCGCUUCUCCCUGUUAUCAUAGACAGAUUCAGUACAUGUUUCUGUGAGAAGAGAAUAUUCACACAGUUCAAGAGAGAGUGAUUGACAGCGUGAUGCGAUCGUUACCACCCAAAAAUAGGCUAUAUACAGUUUAGGUAUGACAUGAUGUGUUUAUUGAGCUUUUGUUCAUUUAAAUUUUCUUUAAUACAACCCUCUGAAGUCGAAUGUCACUAUUAUAUUUUAUAUUUACAAAAAUACUGUAGGUAUAUUUAAGUAGGUGCAUGAUUUUGGGGUAAGUUUUUGAUUAAUAUUUGUUUUUCUGAGGGUCUAGACUACAUGCAGCUACUGUCACUUAAUACAAAAAACAGCGUUAUGGAUAUAUCGUCAUUAUUAUUAUCGCAACAAAUACCAGGAAAUACCGUGAUAGAGUUUUAGGUCCGUGUCGCCAAUCCUUGGGUACUAUAGUUGAAUUGUACUAUAGCAAAUGCUAUACCAUUUAAAGAUGUCUGCCUAUCCCAAAUCCACCAACCCUUUUGCCGAUGAAGAGGAGAGCACAGGGCCGAGUAGAGGCUUUAACUUUGAUGAUGAUCCUGAUGAGAGUUCACUGAGCCCGGCGGAGAGGAGACAGAAGCAGCUGCAGAGAGAGGUGAUGCACACUGCGCAGUCCGCCGUGGACAGCAGCUUCCGCUCUCUCUCCCACAUCUACGAGUCUGAGAAAGUUGGAACCGAGACAGCAGAGGAACUAGUUCGUCAGGGUGAAGCUUUGAAUAGAACGGAGAGAAUGAUUGACAACAUGGAGCAGGACAUGAGGACGAGUCAGAGGCAUAUAAACAGCAUCAAGAGUGUGUGGGGCGGACUGGUCAACUAUUUCAAAGCAAAGCCUGAAGCCAAACCUCCACAAGAGGACCAGCCUGUGUCCUACAACGGCAGCAGCAGUUUGCAGAAUGCACUUUCAGAGAGCAGACAGCAUGAAGGCAAAUAUCAGGCCAGUCAUCCAAACCUCAGGAAAAUGGACACAUCUGGAUUUGGAGCUUCUGCAGCUCUGGAGAAUGAGCCGUCCAAUCAGAAUGGAUAUCCCAGGAACAAACAGCUGCGAACUGCCCAUCAACAACUAGAUCGAAAUCUUGAUGAAAUGUCGUUGGGUCUGGGGAGGCUCAAGAAUCUGGGUCUGGGGCUACAGUCAGAGAUCGAGGACCAGGACGUUUCCUUGGACCGUUUGCUUAAUAAAGUCGACUCGAUGGACGGCAAAAUCAGCUCCACCAACCAGCAACUCAAAAACCUUAAAUAGACAUGACGUGUGAUGUCAUUUCCUGAGGACGUGGCAAAGGUGCCGCCUGCAUUGAUCCAUACUGGAAACACCUGCCUAGUUCUUUACACACUGUGGCCGCUGGUUUGCUGUACCAUCCUAGAAAAGUUUGUGUGUUUAUGAACGUAUGAAGUGGCUGUAUGUGAAUGAAAAUAUUAAAAGAUGUGAUUUUUGCGAUGUGGAGAUUUUUAUCUCGCCUUUAUUUGAUCGUCGGUCCUCUUAAUAUCAAUGUAAAAAUCAUGAGGUUAACCCAGAUGUGGAUGUCACUGUGCGCAGGGUCGAAAGAAGAUUGAGGACAAAAUAUAUACAUGAGCAAAGAAGUCGAAGAAAUGCAAACUGUCAUUUUGUUCGCUGCAGUCUUCCAGAUCAAUGUUCGUCAUCCACCUUUCGCUCUAAAAAAAAUAUUUCGCCUCAUUUUGAAAUUAAAGUCCACUGCUUUCGUUAUUCCCUCUUGAAUGUAUUUAAUAAGGUGGUGAAUUUGUCUUUUGUCUGAUAUUUUUAUCAAAAUUACCUUAAAGAUUUGCAAUGUGUCCAUACCAGUCUAUGUGAAUCACAAUGCGGACAGAAACAUGGUCUGCCUUAAUAUUCAUUUUUUUAAAGCAUUUAUAAUUGAAAUUUCUUUAUAGCAAAGCAUUUCAAUACUGUUAAAGCAAACAAUUUCUGUUUCCUGAAUGUGAUUCCUGAAUAAAAUGUUUUCUGUGUUAAAA